GGGCAGGGUUGCUGCAUGUCCAUGUUUUGUGGGUUGUCAACUGGUGAGCUCAUAAGUGUUUUCAAGCGCAGGCAAGGAGGGCGGAAAACAUUGAAGAAAGUUUGCUUUCGGGGAGAAAGGAAGAGGCGUCGGAGACAUGGAGAAAGUCCCCAAAUUCCUCUUGGCUUUCUUGCUGCUCCUGCAAGAGUCUGUUGUUCAUCCUUAUACAGUCCCGGCAGAUGCUUCCAAUCUCGAGAGCGUGGUGAUGUCCGUGUUGAACGUCACCGCCAAGGCGGGCUCCCGGACCGUCCUCUCUUGCAAGAGCUACCGCAUGGUGUGGACGCAAGACCGCCUGAACGACCGCCAACGCGUGGUCCAUUGGGACAUCUACAGAAGCCAGCAGGGUGCUGAGAGGCUGUGCGACAUGUACUCGGCUGGGGAGCAGCGGGUCUACAGCUCAUACAACGAAGGGCGAAUCGCCAUGUCAGAAAACGCCUUCGUGGAGGGCAACUUCUCAUUGGUGGUCAAAGACAUUGCUGAAAGCGACGAAGGCGUUUACUCCUGCAACCUCCACCACCAUUAUUGCCACCUGUACGAAAGAGUGCAAAUUCAACUUGACGUCACCAAAAGAGCCAAAGUGGCGCAGAGAUAUUGGGAUGGGGAGAAAAUUGUGAUUGUGGCCCUGAAAGGAAGCACCGUGCUCCUCCCCUGUAUCAACCGGAACCAAGUUUGGACUGAGAGACAUGAUGAAGAAGAUCAGCAAGUGGUACACUGGGACCGGCAGCCGCCGGGUGUGCCUCACGACCGGGCGGACCGUCUCAUUGACCUGUAUGCCUCCGGAGAGGGCCGCUCCUAUGGACCUCUCUUCAUCCGGCAAAAGAUGAAUAUCACUGAGAAGGCUUUUGACUUGGGUGACUUCUCCUUGAAGAUAUCUGCGUUGGAGGUUGCCGACGAAGGCAUCUAUUCCUGCCACCUCCACCACCACUACUGUGGCCUUCAUGAACGCAGGAUCUUCAAGGUCACUGUCGUGGAGCCGGAACCAGAGAAGAAGGUUGUGCUGAACCUCACCCGCCACAACCCACCCCCGGCAGAUCCGAACGCCGGCCACAGCCACAACGUCAUCAACGUCAUCAUCCCCGAGAGCCGCGCGCAUUUCUUCCACCAGCUGGGCUACGUCCUGGCCACGCUGCUACUCUUCAUCCUACUCCUGAUCCUGGUGGUCCUCGUCACUCGCAAGCGCCGGAGGAGAGGUUUUGAGUACAACGUCAAGAAAUACGAUGAGAAAGGUAUGAAUCUCAGAGAGCUCCCAAUCGACACGGAGGAUUUGUCCAACUACAAAAGUGAAGACAUUAAGCUGGAUUACAAGAACAAUAUCGUGAAGGAGAAAGCGGAUCAGAACAGGGCCCUUCCAGCCAAGAAUAUUGACUUAGACAAAGAUUUCAGGAAAGAAUACUGUAAAUGAAAAUGACGACUCAAAGCUACUGGCUGGCCCAGAAGCUCCAAUCAGAAUUUAAGCGAAUGAGAGAAACUUCAUUUUUCAAUCUUAUGUCAUCCUUCCACUUACCAAGAGCUCUCUGUAGACUUUCUUCCUAUCUCGCGGGUAAUGAAAGCUUAGAUGACAUUGUAGUCCUAUAUAUACCAGUUGUCCCCAAACUGGUGCCCUCCAGAUAUGACUCCAGAUGUGACUACAACUCACAUCAUCCCCAGCUGGCCAAUCCAACUCAUCCGGAGGGCAGCAGCUUGUGGAAGGCUGCAGUACAUGUGUACCUGUGAGUAAGAUCCACUGACGUCAAUAGCCCUUACUUCUGAGUAGGCAGGUACGGGAAUGCGCUGUAAAACUUCCUCUUCAUUA